GGCCUGGCCAACUUGUACAACCGGCCUGAACUAGGGAGGAAUACAAGCACAGUCACACAACGCUGACUGGGUUUAUUUGGGUGUGUCAAAGGGCUGCAGUGGUUAGGGUGGUCUUCCACUCUCGGCCCCCGGAGGCAACAACGGGUAACGGGCGGGUAUGCUUAGCCUCCCCUCUCCCCCUGGCCGACUCAACCAUCGACUGACAAGUGGCAACCGAAAGUGCCACUGAAUGACACUGUAAAACACCUCCCCGGAGCUAAGCGGAAUCGCACAUUUCAGCCCAAAAAGGCUGCUUUUCUUCUUAUACUCGGGUCCGUCUCGACUUCAAGCCCGCCCAACCUGCUCUCUUUCUUCUUCGUCUCCUUAUAAACAACAGCCGAAUUCGAUGUGAAAGCCCAGUAGUAUCUGGUGUUCAACACUACAGCACCUUGGAAUCACAAUAACGACAACCUAUCAUCAUCCAGACCAAAAGUGUCCGUCACAACAACCAAUCACAACAAACCAGACCAACAUUAGACAUGGCGUCGUCAACUACUGACUCUCGCCGCAUGCCGCGCAGAGACUCUUCGACGGCCCGUGGCACCCGAAGCCCCAGCCAGAGGCCAAGACUUCUUCGAGCAUCAGCCACCGAGCCCUCUAUCACCACGUCCAAUGCCAGCCGAGAUGCGCUCGCGAACUCGUACUCGUCUCGCAGAGCAACCGAGCUCCUAAGAGUGGCUUACAUCUCAGGUGGCUCAUCUCCGGACGCCCUCACCAGAGCUACCUCCAGAGCCACAUCUCCCAUCUCGACACGGACAUCACCACCGCCAAUGUACGAUAGCUUGGGUCGACACUGUGAGCUAUCCUCGUCUCCUAUCAGCAACCCAGAUGGCUUCGAUGAGCUGCGUGAUUCCUAUUCGCAUUCGCAUUCGCAGCGAUACUUCAGCUUCCCAAGUUUUGACUUGUAUGAGUCGCCUCACCAAGAGGAGGACAAAGAGCCACACAUGAAGUCUCCUUGAAAGGCGCGCUCGGAUUCUGGAAGGAGAGAGCUGUUUUCGACGUUCUUUUUUCUUUUCUUUUUCAGUUUGCAACAAGCAAGCCCUGCCUUCCACUUUGGUCAUCGGGCUGCUCACCCAAGACGACGUCGACCCACGAGGCCUCUAUCACUCGGGGAACAGUUGCGCCGCCGUGCAAGAGCACUUGGCAGGUGUAAUAUUUCCAGGAACAGGACCCUGGUGUCAUUGGAACAUGACACGCAAACAGUCCACAUUGAAUGGGCGCAGGGCAUUGGGCGAGGGACAGGCGGAUCAUCCCGGCGUUUUCGAUUCCUUCAAUCCUAUGAAUCCCAUUUUUGAGGUAUUCGGAGGGGGGAAACGGAGGAUGACAACGCGAUGCACGCCGCUUCAGCACAUCUCGUAGCUGGCGGAUGCUACGUGCCCAUCGGGUGGUUUCGAGGGAGUCUUGUAAGAGCAGGAUAUAUUUGUUCCCUAGGGACAGGGGAUGAGCAGUAGGGACAGGAGAGGCUGGUGGAUGAUCCUUACCCGACCGAGCUGUGGGCCAAGUUGAGCUCCCUCGGUCAUGGGGGACAUUGUCAGCGAUUAUGGCGCCAAGACACGCCUAGGUCCUUGUAACGCAGCCAACUGUUCAAGAUGCGUGAGUGCCCCGAGGGGCGCCGUGUCCGGUUGGCGACGACAAGACUGUCUUGUACAAAACAAAACACCACAACAUAAGAUACCCUGUAGAAAUGAAAGAUGAAUAAGUGCAAACUGCAAACAAUUCUAGUUCUCUCGCAACCCUCGGACAAGUCGUGAGAUGCGAUGGCGGUGAAUCCAGCCCCAGGUCAGUUGCUCGUCUCAUUUGCUGGCGAAUGUUCGUGCUGUCAGGUAACCAUGGGUGGUUAGUGCACCGCCAGAACAUGGGUGAGCUUUGGUGAGUCUCGAAGUAAAAUGCGUGCAGUGAUAUCGCCAAAGUUCGUC